AGUGUAGACCCAGCCAAGUACUUUCUUCUUGUUCUUCUUUGAAUCGCAGUGGUUGGUGUCGUUUCUUUUGAAAUUAGGUGAAGAUCGUGAAAUUGUUGAGGAGUCGAGAUCGGCGAUGGGCGGAGAUGGAGCGACGGCGACCGCGGAGCUGCAGUACACGACGGCGAAGAUAUCGGUGUGGUGGGACAUAGAAAACUGCCACGUGCCUAAGGGUUCGGAUCCUCACGCGAUCGCUCAGAACAUAAGUUCCGCACUGGUUCGCAUGAACUACUGUGGCCCCGUUUCCAUCUCCGCCUACGGCGACACCACUCGCAUCCCUGCGUCUGUGCAGCACGCGCUCUCCAGCACCGGAAUCUCCCUCAACCAUGUCCCUGCUGGCGUGAAAGAUGCAAGCGACAAGAAGAUUCUUGUUGAUAUGUUGUUCUGGGCAGUGGAUAAUCCUGCACCUGCUAAUUAUUUAUUGAUUUCCGGUGAUCGAGACUUCUCUAACGCUCUCCAUCAACUGAGGAUGAGGAGAUAUAAUAUUCUUCUUGCACAACCACAGAAAGCAUCUGCACCUCUUGUUGCAGCUGCCAAGAGCGUGUGGCUUUGGACUAGUCUUUUAGCAGGAGGACCUCCGCUAUCUAAUAAUGGUGAAUCGCAACAACUUGGUAAUAGUAGCAUCAUGUCAUCUUCUGACACCUUACAAAUUCCGGUCACAAAUGCCGCUCAGAUACAGCAACAGGCGGAUUCCUAUUUGGAAGUUCAUGUAGGAAAUUCAAAGUUUCCAAAUGGAGGAGGAAGGGGAUUUGAUUCUAGAUAUCAGGGGAAAACUACUUGGAGAAACCCGAGUCAACCUAAUGGACCCAGAGCCAUGAAUCCACCGCCAGUUGGACUUCAAGAUAAUCGUAAUAAUAUAAACUCUUAUCGACCUGGCAACUUUAAUCCAAAUGUUCCGCUAAGUGGAUCUGCUACAAAUUUUGUUCGUGGCAAUAAUGAUCAGUCAUGGAGCAACAACACUAAUCUCCAGGGAAAUCAACAAAAUCCUUAUUCACAGCCAUUAAGAUCGAACAGUUUCCCAUUGCAACCUUCUUUUGCACCUAGUAAUUCGUAUACUCCAAAUUCCCAUAAUUUUGCAACUUCAACAGUGCCACCUAGGACUGGUGGUCCCAAUUUCACUACUGGGCCACUUACCAAUGUGCCAGAUAUUGGUAAUCUGAACAUUUCUGGAUAUCCUAAUAGUGUUCAUAACCCACGUACUGUUCCACAACGGAAUGGAGAGUUGAAACAUAAUCCUAGUAGUAAUGCUUCUUCUCUUCCUGUUAGACCAACCAAUGAACAAAAUGGACAUAUGGUACAUAACAGUAGCACACAACAAUCAUACCAAGAUUAUCAACAUGGUCCGGAGUAUCAACCCUCACCAAUGGCAGCAAUGGGUAAUAAUAAUAAUCCUCCCAGUAAUGGUAUGUGGGGUUCUCCAGGAUGUCCUAAACCUUCUGAAUAUGUGCAAGGCCUUAUAGGGGUUGUUUUACUUGCCUUGAACUCACUAAAAAAUGCAAAGAUGAUGCCAACCGAGGCAAAUAUAACUGAUUGCAUCCGUUAUGGAGAUCUCAAGCACCGCAACACUGAUGUUAAGAAGGCUCUUGAGAGUGCUAUUGAGCAGCAGAUGGUGGUGAAACAGAAUUUGGGGGCUUUGCAGUUGUAUGUUGGUAAGAACGAUAAACUUUGGAAGUGUGUAAAUCCUUUAGGUGGUAAUCCUAAGCAGCACUCAAAAGAAAGGUGGGAUGAGAUUCAAAAGUUUAUAACAACUCCUGCAGGAAGAUCAGCAAUAAUGGGUACACAGUGCAAGUAUGAAGCAGGUAUGGUGAUAAAGAAUAUGUGUUUUAAAGAUCUUGCUUUGGGUGAUGUCCUUCAGAUAUUGAACAUGUUGAUUACCCAUAAAAAAUGGAUUGUGCAUCAUCAAUCUGGUUGGCAACCACUUAACAUUACUCUUCCUGAGACAAACCCUGAUUCAGGGGUUGUAGCUGGUACAUAACUGGACCCUGACUAUGGCAAUGGAAAGUCACCCAGAGAAAUCUCACAACAAAAGUUAAUGAAUAAUCUAGUAUGAGCCAGUUGUGCUAGGAAUUAAUUGAACAAUCCUCUCUUUCCCAUUUGAAUCAAAUAUUAGGUAGUAAUGGUGAACUGUAGUACGGUAAAUAUCUUGAGUGUUUACAGUUUUGUUAAAGCCUUCAGCUGCUCUUGAGGAAGAAAUGAGAGCAGCAUUUGCACAAAAGUUGAAAUAUACUAAACACUAAUUUUGUUGUCGUAACUGAGGAUCCUACUAUGGCCUGCUAAACAUAACAGUGGAUCUAUCUAGGAAUUAGUAUCCCUUCCUGUGUCCUUCCUAAAGAUCUAUAUUUUGCCUGGAGAUUGCCUUAUUAGGCUGAACUGCCUGAACACUUUAGAUCCUUUUAUUUAAAUAUUUUAAAUAGUGUCCGAGAUAUUGGCCAAAUAUGUGUUUUGUACACUUGCCGGAAGUUGAUGGACCCUCAAGCAAGUUAGGUAAACAUCAUCGAUGCUGUUUGUUUAUCACUCGGGAAGUGAUCUACCAAAUCAUAUUCUGCAGGUUGGAUUGUGGAAUGCGAGUCCUGAAACUGUUUUGUUGCCUUUUGUUCGUUGUUGGCAUUGUCUUUGAAAUGUUACAGGAAGUUUAACUACUAGACAGAGAACACUUAAAUUGCACAAAAUUGUAGGAGACUGCGCUCUUAAAUUUCUGCAUGAAUCUCAUGAUCUGUUAUCUCAACAUAAAUACUCCUAUGUUUAUGAUGUUGGAACUUGACUAUGAAAAUCACGUUUUGGACUUCACAAAAUGAUUCAAAAGAUGAAGAAACUAAAUGGUAGUGCAUUCUAUUGCAUCUCUUUUUCUGAUGCUGCCAACAGAGUUCUGAUAUUUUAUUAUUCAAGUGGAAGUGGCUUCUGGAUGUCUGGCUCAAUGUGCAGAAUUCGGUAAUUCAGUGGGAUAUUGGUCUCUGGUCUUUGCUGCUUUCUAUUGCCUUUUAAUGUUAGUAGCUGCGUGUAUAAUCCGGAUUUAAAUUUGCUUUGUAUCAUAUAGAUUGUUUAAUUAUAUGCUGGUCUCAGCUUUUGAAACUUGUUUUCACAUGUGUUUUUUGGUUGGAAAUAAUCUUGUUAGAAGUCCUUAUUACUGGAACAUGGUUUCAUUUACUGAUCAAUCGGAUAGAACUUUCUUAAUCUUCGGAAUAACGGCACUCGUUGAAUUAUACUGAUGCCCACUGAUGUUAAUAGACCCUUGUUAUUAUGGAGCUGUUCAACAUUUAC